UCAACCGACAACAUGGCGACAGUACGCGCUGCGUCCCGUCUCCUCUCCAAGAGGGUGCUCUCUAACACGAAAGCGGUCCCUGCUGCUGCAGUUCAGGGUUCCAGGAACUUUCACUUCUCCAUCUACGGCAAGAAGAAAAGCGUCAAAGUAGCAGAUGAUAUCUCCACUCAGUAUCCUGUCGUGGAUCACGAGUUUGAUGCCGUGGUGGUGGGAGCCGGAGGAGCCGGCCUUCGGGCCGCUUUUGGCCUGUCAGAGGCCGGCUUCAACACCGCCUGCGUCACCAAGCUCUUCCCCACCAGGUCUCACACCGUCGCUGCACAGGGUGGGAUCAACGCGGCUCUUGGAAACAUGGAGGAGGAUGACUGGCGCUGGCACUUCUACGACACGGUGAAGGGAUCCGAUUGGCUGGGAGACCAGGACGCCAUCCAUUACAUGACAGAGCAGGCUCCUGCAGCCGUAGUGGAGCUGGAAAACUUUGGCAUGCCGUUCAGCCGCACCGAAGACGGGAAGAUCUACCAGAGAGCCUUCGGGGGUCAGAGUCUCAAGUACGGGAAGGGGGGCCAGGCCCACCGCUGCUGCUGUGUGGCGGACCGGACGGGACACUCCUUGCUGCAUACGCUUUAUGGAAGGUCACUCCGCUAUGACACCAGUUACUUUGUGGAGUACUUUGCCCUGGAUCUGCUGAUGGAAAACGGAGAGUGCAAAGGAGUUAUUGCUCUCUGCAUGGAGGACGGCUCCAUCCACCGCUUCAGAGCCCAGAACACCGUCAUCGCCACCGGUGGUUACGGAAGGACGUAUUUCAGCUGCACGUCUGCCCACACGAGCACAGGAGACGGAAACGCCAUGGUGACCAGAGCCGGCCUGCCGUGCCAGGAUUUGGAGUUUGUGCAGUUCCAUCCCACUGGGAUCUACGGGGCUGGCUGCCUGAUCACAGAAGGUUGCCGUGGCGAGGGAGGGAUCCUGAUCAACAGCGAGGGCGAGCGCUUCAUGGAGCGUUACGCCCCCAACGCCAAAGACCUGGCUUCCAGAGAUGUGGUGUCGCGCUCCAUGACCAUAGAGAUCAGAGAGGGCAGAGGUGUGGGUCCGGACAAGGACCACGUGUACCUGCAGCUCCACCACCUGCCUCCGCAGCAGCUGGCCACCAGGCUGCCCGGGAUCUCCGAGACGGCUAUGAUCUUCGCUGGAGUCGACGUGACUAAAGAGCCCAUCCCCGUCCUGCCUACGGUUCACUACAACAUGGGAGGAAUUCCCACCAACUACAAGGGACAGGUGAUCGAUCACACCAACGGCGAGGACAAGGUGGUUCCUGGGCUGUACGCCUGCGGUGAGGCGGCUUGUGCCAGCGUGCACGGCGCUAACAGGCUGGGCGCUAACUCCCUGCUGGACCUGGUGGUGUUCGGGAGAGCCUGCGCGCUAACGAUCGCAGAGGAGCAUAAACCGGGAGAGAAGCUAUCCCCGCUGAAGCCCAGCGCGGGAGAGGAGUCUGUGGCCAACCUGGACAAGCUGAGAUUUGCUAAUGGAAGUCUGAGAACAUCAGAGAUCAGGCUGAACAUGCAGAAGACCAUGCAGAACCACGCCGCCGUCUUCCGUACCGGCUCUGUUCUGAAGGAGGGAUGCGAUAAGAUGGCCGACGUCUACCAGAGCAUGGAGAAGAUCAAAACGUUUGACAGAGGCAUCGUGUGGAACACAGAUUUGGUGGAGUCACUCGAGCUGCAAAACCUGAUGCUGAACGCCGUCCAAACCAUCAACGCUGCUGAGCAAAGAAAGGAGAGCAGGGGCGCCCACGCCAGAGAGGACUUCAAAGAUCGUAUUGACGAGUACGACUACUCCAAGCCCCUGGAGGGUCAGCAGAAGAAGCCCUUCGAGCAGCACUGGAGGAAGCACACCAUGUCAUACGUGGACCCCAAGACCGGAAAGGUGACGCUGAGGUACCGCCGUGUCAUCGACAGCUCUCUGAACGAACAGGACUGCGCCCACGUUCCUCCUGCCAUCCGCUCGUACUAAGAAGAUCUCCCCCCCACCCCCACACAGAAGGAUCAUAAACUGCUAUUUAAAAACACAAUAUAUUUCAACAGAGAAGAUGGUUCAUGUUGCAUAUCUGUAACCAUUUAGCGAUGCUGAUCAUAAAAACUGCCAUUUUCAGA